CCUCCAUGUAUUGUCUGUGUUGGCCCUUGAUAUCAUCCACUUUCAUUAGUCUCCAUAAUGAACGGGUAUCACUCCGUCAAUCCUCAAUCGCUCGACAAGAUUGCCAACAUUGCGCCGAGUCACCUUCCCCGUCUUAGUGUUACGUGUUCGGCAGCCCUCUUUUGUUUCGCUGGAGUCAAUGCUCGAAAUAGCAGUCGCCGCACCGCCUCGCAAAGUUACCAUCUUGCACCCUGUGGCAGCCUCCUUACCGAAUGUCGCCCUCGGGAAUGAGUUCAGCAAACAAAAACAGGCCCGCAUGUCUCACCAUCAAGGGUUGACGAGAAUCUGGAUUAUUGUCUAUGCAUCAUCGUUCCGCCUCGGACGCCCCGUUCAGGGUAGUCCCUGUUCAGGAAUCGCGCCAGUCGCUGGUCCAUGGGACCUGUCGAGCGGCUCCGCUCUUUUCGCACUUUGGGUUUCGCCCGCUCCUAUCCGUGACCUUGUUGGUCUUGCUUCAGGCCCUCCCCAAAAUGCAUGGCGAGCUCCGAGAGGGGCUUGUUUCGAAUGAGAUACGAGUAGGUUGUCGGCUUCACGCUCAGGGAUCGAUGUCGAUAAGCGAUUCGUUACAUCCGGAGCCGGGCGCAGAGGGCGCAGCGCUGGCGGGCGAUGCGCAGUGACCCGACGCCAUUCGUCAUGCCUCAUACACAAAACAAUACGGAAAGUUUCCCUGCCUCCCGGUCGCUCCGCAUAAGGCCGUGGUAGUAUAUAAGGCACGGGCGGGUGACUCACUCGACGGUGCGACACGUCCUUCCUUCUUGCGCUUGUGUUUUUGUACCACUCCUGUCGUCCACCUUACCUCUCCACUAGUAACUGUACAACCAUGGCUGUAACUCCUGCUCCCGUCAACGGCUCGGACUCGACAAAGGAGAUCAUCCUCAAGUUCCCCGACUUCAUCUCCCCCAUCCCGUAUCCUCUCCGGUGUCAUCCGCAGGAACGCGAAGUGUCUCGCCAAUCAGAAGAAUGGCUCCUCAGCAUGGCCAACUUCUCGGAGAAGCAGCGCGCCAAGUUCCUUACGCUCAACGCUGGUCUCCUCAGUGGCUGGUGCUAUAUCGACUGCACGUUUGACGAGCUCCGCGUCUGCACCGACUUCAUGAACUUCCUCUUCACCCUCGACGAUUGGACGGACGAGUUCGACACGACGGGCACGCGUGGCCUGGCGGAGUGUGUCAUGAACACGCUAUACUUCCCUGACACAUACAAGUCCGACACCGCCGCGCACCGCCUGACCAAGUCGUUCUGGGAGCGCAUGCGCGCGACCGCGGGACCUGGCUGCCAGCAACGCCUCCUGUCAACGCUGGAUACGUACUUCCAGGCCAUCAUGCAGCAGGCCGCUGAUCGCGGCUCCCGCAACAUUCCUGACCUUGAGGAGUACAUCUUACUCCGCAGGGAUACGAGCGGCUGCAAGACUGGUUUCGCGUUCAUCGAGUAUGCUGCGAACAUUGACCUUCCGGACGAGGUCAUUGAGCACCCGAUCAUCAAGGCCAUGUCCGACUCGACGAACGAUCUUGUUUCGUGGGCGAACGACGUCCUCUCGUACAACGCGGAACAAUCGCGCGGAGACACGCACAACCUCGUCUGUGUCCUCAUGCACCAGAACAACGUCGACCGCCAGGAGGCCAUCGAGCAGGCGGGCGAGCUCUGGAGGAAGACCCUCGAUUACUACUUCGAAUGCCAUAAGGCGCUCCCGUCGUGGGGCCCCGAGAUCGACCGCGCCGUCGCGCUCUACGUCCAGGGCCUUGACGACUGGAUCAUCGCGAACGCGGAGUGGUCGUUCGAGACCGAGCGCUACUUCGGCAAGGAGGGCCCCACCGUGAAGAAGACGCGCCAGAUCCCACUCCUUCCCCAGCGCGUCCGUGCUUGAGUGCGCGGUCGCGGCAGUCGCACCGUCUGCUGCGGCGCCUAGGCGUUAGAGGUUGCUUUCCGUCGCACGACAGUAUGCGGACCGGGGCGCUGUACCGACACCGCGUGCCCCUCUCUCAAAAGCGCACCACCAUCACCACGACCGAUACGACCAUGGCAUGUUGUCAUGGUCUCCCCGCUGCGCCGCAUGUGGCGUACCCGGGCCCGACAUAGAGUAGUAGACCAAUGCGAGUAUGCAGUAAUGAGGUAGAAACCUACAGCAGCGCUAACUUCGUUCUCGCUAUCCCCUAUUCGUUCGUUUUAUUCGCGUCUUCCUGUCAUUUAUUUUUUUCGGCUUUCCGUUCCCCGCACAUCGUUAUUCCUGCGCCUCUUUGGAGAACUUACACCUUCGUUUUAGUAAUGUCUCACAGAAGUGUAGCACCACCAGUCGUGUAUCUAGAUUUUAUCACUCUACAUCUGUCGCGGCAUGCACGAUUUGCAUGCUCGCAUCCGGAUCCGC